AUUUAAGAUUUCGUAGCUCAUUUGAUGUAUUUGCCAUUGAUUAGCAUGUAGAGUAGUAUUCGAUACAUUUGUAGUUGUUGAAAGCAUUUUGAAAAAUCCGAGCAUACUGAAGACGUUGACAAAUAAAUAAACGAUUUGAUAAGUAUGAGCGGUAGAAACUUCUGAAAGAAGUUGCAGUUAUAACUGAUAAUUACGUUUACAAAGAAUAAAACUGCAUUCGUCUCCUACUCUGUUUAACGCUUUUUAAAUUUCAUCCCAUUACUUUUCCCGUUUCAGUGAUUCUUAGCUUAAUGCUUGGUAGCUCGUACAAUCCGAAAAACGUGAUUAAAUUAAACGAGUUGGUCGAACAGUUCUCUCGUACUGUAUACCAGAUCUUCAUAUAUAGUUCGAAGCUAAUGGCCAUUCCUCCUCAGCUAGCCGACCGACUACAGUUGGACGCAUGGAAACAGUUUGAAAAGAUAGUGCCAGAAACCCUUUCCAUAGCUAACAACAUAAUCGAUAUUUCUUUAGAUGAUAUCGAACGUGGUGAUGGAUUGUUAUCAAAAUUGCAAGACUCCAUCACAUCACGGAAUUGUAUAAAGAGAAUUUUUGCAGACUUUAUUAUUGCUGCUGGUGAUACGACUGCUUUUGGGACCUUGUGGUGCUUAUACCUUUUAGCCAAAAACCAAGCUGUUCAGUCUCUUGUUCGUAAUGAAAUCAAAGGCGAUUAUUUGGAAUCGCCACUAAUUCGAGGAACAGUCAGAGAAACUCUUCGAAUGUUUCCUAUUGCUCCAUUUAUCGGCCGCUUUCUGGAUACAGAUGCCAUUAUCGGAGACUACUGCAUUCCAAAAAAUACUCUCGCAUUGCUAUCUUUAUACACGGCUGGAAGAGACGAGGGCAAUUUUUACUCACCGAAUGAGUUUUUACCUCAGCGGUGGCUACGACGAGACGAUAAAAACCUUCUGUUCACACCGUUCAGUGCCAACGCAAGUUUGCCAUUUGCCAUUGGAAGCAGAAGCUGCAUAGGGCGCAAAAUAGCACUUUUUCAAAUGCAAUAUUUCUUGUCUAAGGUGUUAAACAAAUAUAAGUUGACAGUAUUAAACGAAACAGCCGUUGAAGCUGAAUUGAAGUUGAUAUCAGUGCCUAAUACAACGAUUGAACUAGCUUUCCGAGAGCUUGACUAGCAACAAAUAUUAUACAUUAAUUUAUAAUUUAAUAAUUUAUUAUUAAUUUAUUAAUUUAAAAUAUUUGCUAACAGCCACUUACUGAUGUAUAGGAGCUCAGCCGAGCGUUAGUCCAAGGUCGGAUCGGAUUUAUUCCAGUAAUAUCACAGAUAAUCUGAGGAUAAUAUCACACUGAGCAUUCAAUCAUAAAGAAUAGCGUUCGCAUUACAUUAGUCAUUAAAAUUAUUGUUCAAAUCAAAACAAUGUGUGACACCUUUUUGUUUGAUAAUAAAUGAAGUGGAAGGUAAAAAAGUCAAAAAUUGAUUUAUGAUUUUUUGCUUUCCACUUAAUAAUAUAGAUAUUUAAUAAAGAAGUACUGGGGGCGACCCCGGUGUAGUGGUUAGCAUCCAUACCUCUCACGCCAAAGUCACGAGUUAAAAUCUCUGCUAAUUUCAAAUAACAGACUAAAGUGGUAAUUUUUAUACGAUACCGUGGUAGGGGUAACAAUAGCUGCAAUUUCCAAACCUACGACUGGAUGCCUUCCUUCAAAUAACAAUUGGAGUGCGGUAAAAAUCGGUAGAACUGUUUGAAACACAUCGUCGGUACUUGAGCGGGUCGGAGAUGAUCUCUUUUUGCCAGUGGUGGUGGGGGAGGGACACCCCUCACCAUCUCUCUUCAAAGGAGGAGUUUGGUAAAGAGAGAUGAUAAAACCGAUUUGUACCUUCCUAAAGUUGUCCUAGCUCGCUGUCUACGCAUUUUUUGACAGGUAUACAUAAGUGUCUACUUUAUUGUGUUUUUAGAUCCACGCACAAGAAAACUUUCUACAGGCCAUUGUUCGAAGCGGCGUCCCGGCUGCCAUGAGAAGCUCUCACUGCGUACAAUUAAAAACACGGUUCAAUUUAACGACUUCUUCCUUUGACCAUUCGAAAGAAAACCUUUUUCAUUGGAUGAAUGAUCUAUAAAAUCUAUAAAUUCUUUGUAUACACUAUUUUUAUGAAGCCUAAAAGAGGAAAAAAAAGGUGUGAAAAAUCGACCAAAAUGUUUGAGCAAACGGGCCGAGACUCUUGCGAAUACCCAAUCAUAGAACCGAAGAAUAUGGGAUAGUUGAUCUAGCUGCCUACACAUAAUCAUCAUCUUCCAGAGGCUUUAAGCCUGUACUACCAUCGGCCCUUUUCAGGGCAACCAAGAUUUUUCAAGAGUUAAAUUUCUGAACAUGUCCCAACUAAAAUUCAUAUCAAAAGGUUCUUCUCAGGGCAAUCAUACACACUUAGAAAUAACUAAUUUUACACGUGACGCAAUCCAUCUUUGACAUAAAGGAUCAGACGUAAACAAAUAUUUCAUGUAAAAUUAAGUGCUCUGAGACUAAAAAGUUUGUUACUCGACGAAAAGUACGUUUGAUUGAGUUGAAUUUUGCGUCUUUUAUGACUCAAUUUUAUGUCAAAAUUGACGCUCGUAUAUGUCAGUUUCAGAGCACCUAAAUUUACAUGAUUUUUUCUAAGUGUGUGUGUAGUCAUACUAAAUAGUAUAAACAGAGAGAACCCCGCUCAAAUUCCUAUUCCUACACAAAACGCAAGCUCUUGCUGCAGUUAACAUAUAACAUUUAUUAUAUAAGACCACGUAGUCCUAAAUCACCAAUUGCGUACAACCACAUAGUCCUCUCCAGGCGGGUUCGUAUUGGUGAGAUUUGCGUGGGUUAGUGAGAUGAAUUUUUUUGUUAGCUGUGAGAAUUUUUUUGUUUUCUGUAAGAACUGUCAUUCUAAAGUAAAAAUAAACAACAAAACGAAAACAAACCCUACGCUUGCACGGUAACAGUCAAAUACCCUUUUAUGAGUAAAAGUUAACCCAUUUUUAAUAAAAGUGGCUUUACUCAUUAAUGAGUAAAUUAUUUUAACAACAAUGAGUUUCUGCUAACAGUAGCUAACAGUUAGUACUUAAUUGGUAUAAUAAAUUACUCAUUAAUUAGCAGUGCCAAUUUUAUUGACAAUAGGUUCACUUUUACUCAUAAAUGCGAGUUUGAAUCUUACCGUGCACAUGACAGUAUACGCUAGUGUGUGUAAAAUUAUAUUAUUAGUGUAGUGUUCGUGAGAUCCUGCUUGGAGAACUCAAUAGGGCUGUCCCUUAUAGUUUUUUGUGUUGUAUUUUGUACAAAGGCGCGAGCGAGGGCGCGAGUGCUGAGAGGUUAAGGCUCUGAACCAUUUGGUGGAUUAUUUUAACUUUUGGUUAAAAUUUGACAGAUGGAAAGUUAUCGAUGAACCCUGCUAUCCGAGCAUGGUUAUUUUGGACAGACAAGAAGUUAAAUUUUGACAACGUUGGGUUUUCGAACAUAGAAAAUAACUUUCGAAAAGUCACUUUUAACCACGAGUUAAUUUUAACUCGGCAAAUGGUUCACAGCCUAAAUAUAGGUCAAUCAAUCAGAUGGCAGGAACCAAUGUUGUGAUGAUGAUGGCGAAUCAUGAAAAAUCACAAUAGUUUUCUUGUAAAUUAUUGGACAGACCGAAUGCAUUUUUGCACAAUUUAUUGUCGUUGAUUAUUAAUAAUAUGGCAUUGCAGAGUGGUUACAGAUAUAUUGAUUUUAAAUCGGCUGGUAAUUUAAUUGAAUCGAUGUGUCAUGAAUCAGCUUGGGUCAUUUUAUCCAUAACGAGUGUUACGUGUAGCUAAAUGCAAGAAAUUCCGUUAAACAAAUUCCUAAUCAGCGAUGGGCACCAAUUUCGUUCGUUACGAAUACGGCUGCAGGUUCAAUCUUCUUUUUUUCAGGGUAGGAUCAGUUCCCAGUAGCUUACAGCGAUUUUCAUACGGGGGAAAAUUCAAUGCAUCGCGCCAGGGAAAGUACUGGAGAGCUAAACGCACAAUUUUUUUGUACAGCCUCGAAGCGGUCGAUUCAGUUUCUGAUGUAUCGACACCAUACUAUCACGGUAGAUUUCAGAAUAGAGCGUACUAGGGUACAGUAAAGGCAGCAAGCUUAAAGAGGACCCCGAGCUGCUUGUUAGCUUUUGCUAACGCAUCUUCGCAAUGCGGUAGGAAAGUGAGUUCACGGUCCAAUAUCCCACUAAGAUCACUCACCUGAUCUAUGCGUUCGAUAUUUUGUCCAGAUAGGCUGUAGUUGAAAUAUAUCGGUUGACGCUUUCUACUAAAUGCGAUAGUGUUGAACUUGCAUGAUUGUACGUACCACUCAUUGUAGCACGGGAACUAAGUCCUACAGCAGGGGGCUCUCCUCGGUGUUCGACUUGAUCAAGCUUAAUAACUUCUAUUAACAUAUCGCUGUACGAACGACCAAAAACGGGUUGGGUGAAUCGAUGGGUAAAACUUAUAUGUAUCCACGGGAUUUUAAAGCAUCUCCUUUCAGCAACGCCGUAAGUACAAUUAAUCAUGUUUUGUUGUUUUUGAUAUCAUCCACAUCCAGAGGGCCAGUCACUUUCGAAUGUAUGGGAAUGGUAGGAAACCAUUUGGAAAUGCAUGAAAAUUUUCAGUUUUUAUUCAUUAUCGUCUUUAUGGGCAGUUUUAGAUGCACACAAAUUGCACGAGUACAUUACUAUGGUGAUAAGGUAAACACUCGUUUAUUUGUUUCCUUCUGUGAAAGGAUGUUUAGUCACAAAUCGUGGAUUUUCUGAUAUUCUCCAUACUGCAAAACAGAUUUUCCUACCACUGAAGGGGCGACAUCUCUCGGAUCUUCAGUAUAGCUACUACUCAAAUCAUAUAAUUAAUUGGUCAACAACCGAUCCAAAAGAGGAUGCCCCAAUGAGCGAGGAGAAGAACCCACUCUUUAUUGCGAAAUGUUAAUAACAUGGAGUUGGCAUUCCCACUCUCCCCAUCCAAAUAGCUUCAUUCGGAUGCCCUCAUGGUCCCUCCCAAUCCCUUGCAUUUUUUGUUAUCUUAUAUUUUUGUAAUAUUUAUGCAAUGUGAGCAACAGUAUAAGAUAAAGCAAUUAUCUCUCAUUUAAAAUUGAAAUAUGUUGAUAGGGUUUGGAUAGCUUGCUACUGCAAAUUAAAAUUAAAUGUAAAUGAACCAAUUCAUAUGUUAAAUUAGUAUAACCUUUGAAUAUUCCGGACGAAAGAUGAAAAAAAACAAGAUAGUAUGCGUUUCUUGAACUGAAUUAAAUAAUUAAAAUCGACUUUUACUUGAGAGAAAUAUAGAUAAUUCUACGACCCAUUAUAAAUGUAAUAAGAAUUUAGGGUAUGCAAAUAAGGUGGGCAAACCAAUAGAUAAACCCAGUUAGUGGUACUAAUAAAAUUCAGUUUAGAAAAAGUGUUCUGUUCGUCUGUUGGAUAAAAGCUUCCAGGUGUCAGGGAAUACGCCAUCUAGAAGUGAACGAUUGAUGAUAGACAUUAUGGCAGAGGCCAAUGAUGCUGCACAAUUCUUGAUGAAUGAAGCUGGAAUACGAGCCGGACCUAGGCCUUUCGAACCGUCGACAGAAUAGAAGCCUUUGUGGAUAGCGUUAUGACUGAAAUUGAGCUGCUGCAGACAAAUAUCAAAGCUGGGUAAAUUUAUUUAUUUAUUUGUCGUCAAUCAGUGUAAACCGUUUCACAAAAGUGCUUUUUUUUUUUCUUUUUUUUUUUGUGUUAAUUGCAAAUACAGGCUCAAUCAAAUAAACUUUACAGAGCCAAGUUAUCAUUUGAGUUAUACAUAAUUAAUGUCUUAAAUCUAGAGUUAAAGGAAUUGAACCGAUUACUCGCGGUCGUCUCGAGGUUAGUAGAGAUUUACAGUUAUAUGGAUGGGGAGAGGGAGAAGGAGGUUUGAGUUAUGAUUUACGAUACAAAUAUUUCAUGAAAUUAUUUCUAUUCAAUUUGGUAUCCGCAGUAAAAUUAUGCAACUAUUACAGAAACAAACAUUAAAAAAAAAACCACACGAACAAAACACAAACUAAACACAAGGUUAGUCAAAUUUACAAUCUAAGGUUAAUAUUCUUUAAGAAAACAUAUAUAAGUCUCAUAAACCCAAAAUAUCCCGACCUGGAACACAAGGUUGUCUACCUCGAGCCCAAAGGGAAUCAUACAACUCCGUGAUGCCCAGCACAAGACCAAAUAAUGUGAUCUGCGUCCUGGUAAGCUUGUCCAUAUUCACAGAGAUUGCUGUUCCCCAGCCCAACACGGAACAAGUGAGCGUUUAACGAGUAGUGAUUGGACAUGAUGCGAGACAUCAUACGAAUGAAGUCUCGAUCCACAUCUAACCCCUUGAACCAAGGACUCUUCGACACCUUAGGGUUGAUCGAGUAUAGCCAUCGUCCCAAACUCCCUUCGCUCCAUUUAUUAUGCCAGCAGACGAGUGACUGUUGACGAUAAAUGAAGAAAAAAUCAUCGUAGGCGAUUUGUCGGUCGUAAAUAUCGCCUUCCAUAGCGCCCACCUUAGCAAGUGAGGUCGCCUUCUCAUUGCCCGGAAUCGAGCAAUGAGAUGGGACCCAUGCAAAGGUAAUGACAAAAGAUCUUAAAAUGAGAAAUUUAAAUGUUCAAAUUGUGGUGAAAACCACAAAUCCAAUUUUUGGGAAUGUAAGACUCGCAAACCGAUCCUACAAUCUCGUUCUAACCGACAGGUAAGAAACGCUCCACGUUUCCGAACAGGUACAAAUUCAACGGUCAGCGAGGAACAAAUUCUACAUUCGUACCCGUAGGUACAAAUAUCACCCCUGCUUCAAAUUUUUCAUCUGUACCUACUCUUUUCGCUGCUAACAAUGUUCAGCGAGUUAAUGGAGCUACCUAUGCUGCUAUUGCACCGGGUAGAAAUCAAAAUACUAACCAAAGUAAUUCUAACGGAAAUUUUGACAAUUUUGACUUAGGAAGCAUU